CACACACAGGGACGUGUGGUGCGCACAGGAGAAGCAUUGAAAAGAAACUCCUGCAUUAAAGGACUGAAGUUUGCCAUGGACACGUCUCUUCUACUGAGUGAGAAGCUGUUUGAAUAAUCUGGACCAAGUGUGGGAUGGCUGAAAGUGUACCCACAAUGGAUGACUCCGAUGAGGAGGAGUUCUAUGAUGUGCUCGAUUCCUUCCCUAAGCUUUCCUGUGAGGAAGGAGAGAACACUCCACCAACACCACAGUUUGACUGUGUCCCUCCACCAGGAGAAGUAAAAGUUCUCAAUGCUGGCGAGGACACUGUUACUCUUGGCUUUUCACUCACUGACUCUGUUAGGUAUAAACUGCACUUAGAUUACUCCUGUGACACCCAGAGAGGCAGUUUAAUCACAGAGGAAUCCAGCACCGUGAUGGUUAAGGGACUGAAUCCUGGGAAUGAGUAUACUUUCAGCAUCGUGAGGAUUGCAGCCGAUGGAAAUCGAAGCAAAGCAACCUUGCUAUCUGUCUUCACAGAGCUCAGCCCUCCUGUGCAGAUCACAGUGUACCAGGUCAGCAGUGAGUCACUGUCUCUGCGUUGGGACCCCCCUGCUGGUGAGGUGGAGAGUUACAUUGUGACUUGUUGCCAUGGGGUUGACAUUGUGGAAGAGUUUACAGACACAAACAAACUGACUCUCAGCAACCUGAAGCCAGGAGUGUGUUACUCUCUGCUGGUUUCACAACUCAAGAACGGCAGAAGAAGCAAGCAAGCUGCAACAUCUGCCCACACAAAGAAGCAUCUAGAGAGCUUAUUGGAGGAUCUGGGGUUGGAGCAUCUCUACAAAAAGAAGCUAUCCCUAAGCACAAUACUUCAGAUUGACGAGAAGACCAUUACUGAUGAACCUGCCAAGUGUAACUCAGAUCUUCCAUGGUAUUUUCUAAAGAAACUGAUGAUGGUGAAUGUGACAGCUAGGAAUGUGAAUUGUACACCUGCAUGUGAGUCAAACUGUGGUGAUCUGCAGUUAGAUCUUGAUAAUCUAGUCAAAAGUACAAAUUCAGGUGACAUGCUAAACCCCCUUGACAUAAUCACUGCACUCUUUCUGUGUUCUGAUGGUUUUGUACAGCAGGAAAUGGCCCUCAAAAUGUCUAUGUGUCAGUUUUCUGUGCCUCUGUUGCUUCCCAAUUGUGACACAAAGCAGUGCACACUCAUGCUUUGGGCCAUGAGAGACAUUGUUAAAAAGUACAGACCUCAGUCACUUUCAGAAUCCAAGGGCUUUAUUGAGGACAGAAUUGUUCUCUCUAAACUUCCAAUGGUAUCUUUUGUGAGACUGGGUCAGUGCUCCUUGUCCAAGUCAGAGAUCCUCAAUAAGCUUCUGAGCAAUUCUCAGCAGUACCAUGACACCUUUGUUCAUCAUGAUAUGGAGUGUGGUGACAGUCCAAGGAGAAUAUCCGAUGGAUUGGCUGAAAUAACUUGGUACCUUCCUUGUGGGAACAAAAACAUGGAUGUCUUCAGUGAGCCAGUAGCUGUAGCUAACCUUCGUGGGGACGUUGCUUCAUUUGAAACACAAUUUUCUUUUUUGUGUCAGACAUCUGCAGCAGUUUUUGUGUUCUUCGACAAUUUAGACUCUGAGUGCAAGCUGCUUACCAACCAACAACACAAGGCACAGAUCUUCUUGGUGGGUAACCAUCAAAGCAAUCGCCUCAGUACAGAUGCUCUAAAAAAGGUAGCAACCAAGUUGGGCUUGACUAACAGCAACAUCCUUUUGAAGGCUAAGCACAUGAAUGAUUCAGACUUUGUCAAGGAUUUGCGGAAAAAAGUCAGCAAUGUACUUGAGAACUCAAAGAUGAAGAUGGGAGUUGAGCAGAUGGCUAACAUUGCCCAUGAACUGGGCAUCGUGGUGGAUGAAGACUCUCCAGAGUGCCAGACUGCCAAGAAAAAUGCAGAUGCCAUCACUGCUGAAAUUAAAGACAUCCUUAAAUACAAAGAAGCUCAGCUACCCUUGCAAGGCCAAAUAUGGAAGGAACUGGCUCGCUUAGAGAAAGAAGAAGUUCGGCUUCGAAACGUUGGGUCUGAAAAAAUAGAAGACUACAAAAGUGAUCUUCAGGUACAGAAAACAAAACUUCGAGAGAAACAGAACUCUUAUGACAUGUCAAAUGCAAUGUCAUGUUUCAUCAAUGCAAUAUCAAGAGAAGGGAUAGAGAGGUGCUAUUUCCUGAAAUGGAUGCGAAUGAACCUCGAUAACAUGUCUCGAGACAAACUGUCUGACCUCAGGGAGCAGUACAAAAAGAAAUGCAAAAACUCUGAGAACAAAGAGGAAAUCAAAGACAUUGACAGACAACUUUCCAACAGCUCACUGGGGACUGAACACUUCUUCCGUGAAAUGGGUCAGAUCUAUGAAGCUUCGCUUUCCCUCCCAGAAACAGACCCAUCACGUCAACAAUUACAGCAUCUGCCCAAACUAUGUGCAGAAUUGUUACGUGAUGGAUUUCCCCUUGAGCUUGUAGAUGGAGAUGCAUCCAACAUACCUCUCAGAUGGGUGAGUGACGUUCUCUCUCAGCUCAACGACUUGGUGUCUCCUAAGAGUAAGAUACUGGUAGCCACAGUACUUGGAGUGCAGAGCACAGGAAAGUCCACUCUCCUCAACACCAUGUUUGGAGUGCAGUUUGCUGUCAGUAGUGGUCGAUGCACUCGAGGUGCCUUUAUGUUGCUCAUCAGAGUCGAUGAAGAUUUCAAAAAAGAACUCAAUUGUGACUUCAUGGUGAUCAUUGACACCGAGGGCUUAAAGUCACCAGAGCUUGCACAACUGGACAAUAGCUAUGAGCACGACAAUGAGCUUGCAACACUUGUUGUGGGGCUCAGUGAUAUCACCAUCAUCAAUAUUGCAAUGGAGAAUUCAACAGAAAUGAAAGACAUCCUACAAAUAGUUGUGCAUGCUUUCCUGAGGAUGACAGAGGUGGGCAAAAAGCCCAAAUGUCAGUUUGUUCACCAGAAUGUGUCAGAUGUUUCAGCCCAUGAGAAGAACUUACGAGACAGGAAACUGCUCUUGCAACAGUUAAACGAGAUGACCCAGGCAGCAGCCAAAAUGGAAAAGAAAGAGGAGAACAUGACCUUCACUGAUGUGAUGGAGUACAGUCCAGACACUGGGAACUGGUACAUUCCUGGACUCUGGAAUGGAAACCCACCAAUGGCACCAGUCAAUGCAGGGUACAGCGAAGCUGUAUAUGAGCUCAAGAAGAACAUAAUCCAAAUUUUGGGAAGAUGUGAGUCAUCUGCUAAUAAUAUCUCGGACUUUACAGAGUGGAUGAAAAGCCUGUGGAACGCAGUCAAGCAUGAAAACUUCAUCUUCAGCUUCAAAAACAGCCUGGAGGCUGAUGCAUACAUGAGGCUGUGCAGAGAAUUCAACAAAUGGGAAUGGGAAUUCAAAAAAGAAAUGUAUAUGUGGGUUACAAAUGCUGAAACAAGAAUUUCCAAUUUUGGUACAGUUGCUGUGAAAUCUAAGAUAUCUGACAUGUCAGAAUUUCUCACACAUUUGAAAAGUGAUGCUGCCACAGUGCUGUCUAAAUGGGAGACAACGCUUCUUGAGAAUCUGGAACAGUACUUCAAGCAAACAGAGGGUCAUGUCUAUCUAGUUGAAGAACACAGAGAGCGCUUUGCAAACAGUGCAAAGAGCCUUCAACAAGAAAUGAAGAACUCCGUGUUUAAUCAGCUCAGAGCAGCAGCUGACAUCAGACAGGGAAUGACAAAACUUGAUAGAAUCAAGGAGAACCACACAAAAGAAUUAGAAGAAAAAGUACAUAGACUGAUUGAUCAAUGUCGGGGAAAAAGAGUCAAGAUGACAGACAAAGACCUGGACACAGAAUUUGACAAGAUGUGGACUAAAACGGUAAAUGAACUACCUUUUCCAAAACAAAAGGCCACAAAUGUCAUCUCAAGUGUGAACCUCUACCUGAGAGAGAAUCUAACAAAUAAGGGGAGUGGUGUAUGUCAAUUAUUAGAUAAAAAAAGCCUGCAAGAUUGUGGACUGGAGCCUUUCACAUAUACAGCGGAAGGAAUUUUGAAGCAGAUAACACACCACGUCAGCAAGUUAUUAAACAUUGAAGAUCAUGUAAAGAUUUUACAAAACAUAGCUGACAGCAUCAUAACAAUGUGCACACAGUUUGUGACUGAAAAGAUGGAAAGCAAGAACAAUUACCAUGACAAUUACAUCCAAGAGAUCCUACACAUGAUUGAUGAGAGGCUGGAAAGCAACCAGAAGGUUAAGCCAGAGAUCGAGUUUGAAGUUUCCUUGAAACAGCACAUCUGUGGAGAUGCAGCCAGACAGUUUCAGAAAAUGCAUGACGAUUUCUUACAUGUGAAUGAUCCCUACAGAUGUCUGAAUCAAAACAAGGAAAAGUUCCGUGCUGAUUUUAAAGACGUGUUCCAUAAACGAGACCAGUGCCACAAGAAGGCAGAAGAAUUCACAAACCGCUGCCUGACGCCUGCAGUCGAAGACUUUGUCAACCGUUCCUUGGGUCCUGACAUCAUUGGUGAAAUGCUGACAAGUGAGAAGUUCGGCACACGAAUAUUCCUCCAGUAUUCAAUUUUACUGGAUUUGCUCUCAAAGGAUGACUUCAAAAGCUAUGAAAGCUAUAUCUGCUCAUAUGAGGAGUAUGUAAAGAAAUGGAUUCUUGACCAAAUAGUGGAACGCUUCUCGAAUGUGUCUACGACGUUUGAGUUUGAGAAUCGCCACGUUCUGUCAAGUAUCAACAGCAUAAAUGUUGCUAUCAACAAAGCUAAAACAGAAACGAGUGGCAACUUGAAGACAUUCGUUGAAGAUGUCUGUCAGGAACUUGGUGAUAAACUGGUCAUUUCCCAAGAUGCUCUUGGUGCUUUCAUGAUCCUGAACAAUGCCGACCAGGAACAGUUUGCUCACUGGCUCACUGAGUGUCUGAAGGACAUGGCAGAAACACUGAGAGAGAAGUUUAAAGAAACAAACAUCCAGAUGAAACUAAAAAAUCUACACGUGAAGCCUCAGAACGAGCUUUUCACCAAACUGAUUGGAUGUGGUGGACAGUGUCCAUUCUGCACAGCACCUUGUGAGGCAGGAGACAUAGCCCAUAUUAAGCACUGGACUUCACUACAUCGGCCACAAGGUCUGGGUAACACCAGGUGUGAAAGGACAGAAGAACUUAUCACUGACGUAUGCUCUUCCUCUGUGAUCAGUGACAAUUUGUUCCACUGCUUUGCCACACGUUUUGAAUUGUACCCCUACAAGCGUUACGCAGACAUUUACCCAAACUGGAGAAUCGCUCCAGAUGCAAGCCUUCAGGCAUCAGACUACUGGAAAUAUGUACUGGCAAAAUUCAACAAGCAGUUUGCCAAAGCAUAUGAAGCAAAGCCUGCUCAUAUUCCUUUUACUUGGAAACUGAUCACACGUAAGCAAGCAGAGGAGAGCCUCAAAGAGUCAUUCAGCAUCAAGUGAGAGACCACAUGCUUUGUGUUUACAGAAGCGUACGUUAUCCUCACAUACAUUCAUCAUCCUCACAUGGAUGUUUUGAUCUCACUUGUUUUAUAUGAUAUAGAGGAGAAUCACAAAUAGUAACAUUCUGUAUAUAAGAUGACACGGUUGAAGAUAUUGCGAGUACAGCUCGCAACAUGGAGACACAAGA